GGUUUUAAGAGUUUGAGGGUCGAGAUACCCGGUUUUGUGGUCUAGGGUCACGGAUUAAGGGUCACAAAGUGAACUUAUUCCUCGUCUCGAACACUGGGAGGAAACCCGGCCCACAAACCUAAUGAUGCCAAUUUGUAGGCCCGUCCCGGCCCGGCCCACUUGCAGUCUGACACCUACUUGCCUUUGCCUUAAUCCUCCUCUCUCUCUCUCUCUCUGUAGUUUUCCCCUUUGGUUUUGCUCUGCCGUACGCCUCUCCAACUCGAAUCAUCCCAUCUGUCGGUGAUUUCCGUCCAAUCUUUGAUCGGAUUCCGGGGGCCCUCAUCAUCGUCGAGCUCUUCGGUCGUUCGAUCGGGCGCGCGAAAUUCUUCCGGCGCUGAUUUUGACGGCUCCGGCCGCCGGCGGCGGUUGGUUGGUUGGUUCUUGGCCCGGAUUUUCGGGGAGAUUUGAGGGGGCAGGUUUCUCCUCGCCCCGCGGUGGCUGUGUGGGUUCUUGGAUUCGUUGUUUGGUGACUGUUUAAGCGGGGAUGGAGCGGCGGAGAUGGCUGCAGGCCGCGGUUCUGUGUUGCCUGCUGGUGCUUUGCUCCGGGAGAGAACUUAAGACUAAACACACCCCAAUAUACAACUCGACCUUAGCCAGGACGCUUGCGGAAUAUACAUCAGCAGUUUAUACAGCUGACUUGACACAACUCUUUUCGUGGACCUGUGAAAGGUGUUGUGACUUAACAGAGGGGUUUGAGGUAAUAGAACUGAUCGUCGAUGUGAAAAAUUGCUUGCAGGCAUAUGUUGGUUAUGCUAGUGAUAUGAAUGCUGUCGUAGUUGUGUUCAGAGGCACUCAAGAGACCAGCAUUCAGAAUUGGAUAGAGGACUUGUUUUGGAAACAACUUGAUCUGGACUACCCAGGCAUGCCUCAAGCAAAGGUCCACAGUGGGUUUUAUUCUGCAUACCAUAACACGACAUUGCGCGAUGGUGUUGUCAAUGGCAUUAAGAAAACUAGGGAAGCAUAUGGUAAUAUUCCCAUCAUGGUAACUGGGCAUUCGAUGGGAGGAGCUAUGGCUUCGUUUUGUGCGCUUGACCUUGUGGUCAACUACAGGUUAAAGGAUGUGACACUGAUAACAUUUGGACAACCUCGGAUUGGAAAUGCUGUGUUUGCUUCACAUUUUAAGUGUCAUUUGCCAAAUGCGAUUCGAGUGACUAAUGCGCACGAUAUUGUUCCUCAUUUACCCCCAUACUACCACUACUUCCCACAGAAAACCUAUCAUCAUUUCCCACGAGAGGUAUGGGUUCAUAAUGUUGGACUUGGAAGCCUAGUCUAUUCAAUAGAGCAAAUUUGUGAUGACUCUGGAGAAGACCCAACUUGCAGCAGGUCUGUGAGUGGAAACAGUGUGCAAGACCAUAUAAACUACCUUGGCAUCAGCAUGCAUGCCGAGGCAUCGGGAUCUUGCAGAAUUGUCACAGGUGACAAUAAACUGCAGUAUAAGAUGGACAGCGAUGGCAACAUUGUUUUCUCGAAGCAACCUGGUUUAUCAGUUGAUCAGUUGCAUAGUUCACAGUGAGCAAACUCAUGAUGACAGGAAUCUUCCAUGCCCUCUAUGUAACUGUAUGAUCACACCACAGGAGGAUAUUGGAAGAACAAAUUUGUGUAUAGUUCUUUGUACAGCAUGUAAAGCAUUAUAGAUACUGUACGAACGUGCUCUUGGCUGGACUAAUUUAUCAUGAGAAUGUCAUGCAAAAGCUUUUCCAAGCAGAACCAUGCCAAUUAUCAUGUUCUUAUUUCUGUGUAUUUUUAGGCAUGGCAUUGGCAGCUGAUUCUCAUUGUGUUGCACCAUGCAUACUUGCCUUUCACCUUCAAUUCAAGGUUCAGCUUUCAUCCUCAA